GAUCCCCAUUCCCGGGGAAUAUGACGCUAUUCCCGGCGCAGACGCUAUUCCUGGCGCAGACGCUAUUCCCGGCGCAGACGCUAUUCCCGGCGAAGACGCUAUUCCCAGCGAAGACGCUAUUCCCGGCGAAGACGCUAUUCCCGGCGAAGACGCUAUUCCAGGCGAAGACGCUAUUCCCGGCGAAGACGCUAUUCCCGGCGAAGACGCUAUUCCCGGCGAAGACGCUAUUCCCGGCGAAGACGCUAUUCCCGGCGAAGACGCUAUUCCCGGCGAAGACGCUAUUCCCGGCGAAGACGCUAUUCCCGGCGAAGACGCUAUUCCCGGCGCAGACGCUAUUCCCGGCGCAGACGCUAUUCCAGGCGCAGACGCUAUUUCCGCCGCGGACAGGCGUUCGCGUGCCCGUUCAGGCGGCGUGCAACGCCCGUGCGGGCGGGAUGCGAGCCGCGGGCCAGCGAGCUCACAGCUGCGGGGACUGCGUGGGCCGCUGGCUGGCGAGGGGCUGCGCUCACCAUCAGAUGCGCCAGUGCUGGUCUCUGCAUUCUGUGCGUCAGGGCCCGGGCACUGGGAAGGCCAUUCGGCCCCGCCGUGUCGGCAGUGCCCGACAACCUGGUAAGCUGGAGAAGAAAGCUCACAAGGGUGGCAUCUGUGCUGACCAGCUGGCCUACCGCCAGGAACUGUCGCUGCUGCGGGGCAACCUGCUUGCACAGGUGUCGCCGCUUCUGCGGGGCAACCUGCUUCUUCUCAAGGAGGUGACGGACGUGAUCGAGGCGGGCGCGCAGGUCACGGAGGGCGCCAUCUUGAAGACGCGUGAUGCGGCAUGCCGACGCAAUGGCUGGAUCUAUACCACUCUGGCGUGCAAGGUGCCCAGUGGAAGAUUCGACCUGGAUCGCAAGUGCUACGGCUCAGGCAAGGCGACUCGAUCCGUGGAGCUGCUGGUGGACGGGCCCCUGCCAGGCGACCGAGACGCGACCGCGCUGCGCAGUGGCUGGAUCACUCCAGUGACGCCGUUCAACAU